UGACAAAACAGUUGGGCCGAUUCCAGGGUCGGGCGUCUUUGAUAAUUGGGUCUACCAAUCAUACGGUCCCUGUCAAGCCACUCGUCGGUUCCGUCGUGCUAGAAUAGGUACCAAUCUAUUAUACUACUACUACCACGUUACUCAUUUAUCUCGUACUACCCAACUGCAUAUUGCCCGGCCUCCUACAGCCCUAGCAGACCCCUGACCCCUGGGCCUCCCUGGCCGCCUAGGAAUCUGCCUAGGCAAGCAGGACAGGUUAAUACCAAAGUGCGUAAGUGUGUUUGUUUUGUAUUACCAACAAUAUGGAUAUGAUAGGUACUAGCCCCUAGUGGUCUAACAUAUAGACCUCUUUCUUGGCUCUCAGAUUUGACCCUAAAAUAGAUCUUUAUCUCACCAACAGUGAAAGCACAGUCAAAAACAUAACCAGAAACUCCAGCCUCUUCUUUAUCUGUAAUCUGCUAAGUUUAUUUGACUAAUUAAACAUUCAACAUGCCUACUGUCGCUCUCCCUUCCAAGCCAGAUGCCCCUAUCGCAUAUGAGCUCUUCGAAGGAGAUGCUGCAAGUGCUCUCCUCGUUGUUUGCCUUAAUGGCCUUGGACUCGCGCAAGGCGUUUGGAAGCCGACUAUUGAACUCUUCCAGAAGACCACUAUCUCUCCGAAGCCGUGGAUACUUACCUACGACCGCUACGGCCAGGGCGCUUCUCCGAGAGAUCCGCGAGAAAGUUGGUCUACUAAGGAGCCCGGCUACGCCCAUACACUAGAUGAUGUCACCGACGAUCUCCAUGAGUUAAUACAAACUCUAGCUCCUAAUCGUUCCUCGCGCAUCGUCUUCGUAAAUAAUAGCAUAGGCGCCCACGUCGCCCGAAGAUACGCUGACAGAUACCCUACCAUCGUCGAAGGGAUCCUGUUCCUCGAUUCCAACCCUGGAAACACCGAUUAUGAGAGUAUCUGGCCUAACCCGAGGGAUCCGUCCUUCGAUCCAGAGAAGAUGGCUCCCCCCGGCACCUCGCUUGAGGUGUACGAAGCCGCUUACACCAAGAUGACAACGAUAUUUGCAGCAGACGCAAAAAAUAACGAAGGGUUUGACCGACGGGAGAUCAAGAACAUCCUACCCGACCCGUCAAAGCCAAAGCUUAAGGGGUCGAAGACUUCGGAUAAAGGUCCUUGGAUAACUGUCGUGGGCCACGAGCCCGAGCAAUUCUCCAAGGAGGAGUGGGCCAUGUUGAAGGUUCCAAUAGGCAUGGCCGCGAUGUAUACUCAACCUAUGUGGCAGAAGUACAAUGAGGGGCUUUGCGGGCUCACCGACCCAGACAGAGCGAAGGGUCCCCUUAUUUCACCCAAAUCCGGACACUUUAUCCAAAAGGACAACCCGCCCUUCGUCGCUGGACAGCUGGAAGACCUUAUCAAGAAAGUUGAAAGUUCCCAGUGACUAUAUAAGCAGGAUACUCCCCGAAUAACGUUACAAGGUAGCCCGAGUUUAGCAGGCAAUCCAGCCGUCAGACCUCUAACCAGCGCCCGUCACUCGCCUCGUCCAUCAACACAUGCUCCAGGCGGGAUUCAUUGUCUUUCUCCCUUGAUGAAGUCUUGCCGUAGUUUCAUGAGGAAGAUCUAGAAUACGCAUCACAAAUUGUUCGGGUAAAACACUCUUCAACUCGGCAAAAUUAUGGUGCCUUAUAUAUUACUAGUUGACUUACAUAGCUUGCAUAAAUCCAACACACAUUCUCUACAGCUUACGAAAUAAACCAGUUUCACGAUG